GUUGGCUCUUCUUGGGUAGCUAGCUAGCAGAGUUGUUUACCAGCGACGCUUAUUUUUAUCUGGCUAAAUUAGCCUAACAUAKUUAUUCCAUUCAUUUAUCUAGGGUGCCCUACGCGAGGUGUAGUCCAUGGGCAGCCUUGCCAGUGAGGUUUUGGAUGAGGCCCACUGUUUCUGGGCGAUGUGCGCUCAUCCUUGCUGCUGGGAGUCGGAGCAGCGCAUUGCCAAAGGCGUCCCACGCUACAUAAAGCCAAGAACAUCAGAUGGGGGCAGAGCCACUGUAGAUGUGGAAGAGUUUCCAACCCUUAGUGUGGUUAAUGUAUCGGAGUGGACUGAGGGCCAAAAGACCCCWAAAGUGAAGCUGCUUUACAAGACGCUUAGCAAGGAGAAUUUUGCCACAGAUGCCUCUCUAACUMUUCUCUCCAGCCAGUCACAAGCCCACCAGCGGGAGCAUAACACAAGUGCAGACCUUCACGUUCCAGGGUUAAACUCUGUUGACCAUAGUCCUCGUAAUAAACAACACAAGGAAGUAAAGCUCAGCACAGCUCAGAUCAAUCAGUUGGCCAGCUGUUCCAGUGCAUCAUGGGGCUCUGGCUCCCUAGUGAUGUGGGUACCCAAUCCCCAACACAUCCCGCAGUGCCAAGCCCAAAACAGGCCUAAAUCUCCCUAUGUACCUGUCAAGGAGCUAAUUUGCCUUCCGUCCUUAAAAACCUCAAAAAUUAACAGAAAUCCAAGAAUUCAAGUCCAAGAGUCCAAGGAUGUGCGGAAGAGGGUGCCGUUCCAGCUGACAACAUUGACGUCAAAGCCGAGAAGUGAGCAUGGGUUGAGCUCCCCAGUGGCACAGCAAACUGUCCACCCAACAGACCUUGCCCUGGCCAAGCCUGACACAGACACUGACCCCAAGAGGGAGGAGGACGAGGCCCAGACCCAGGCUCAUACCAGCCCACACCCUCCCCCAGCACCCAGGCUCCCCAGUGCUUUCCUCCUCAGGAACAAGCCUGUGGUGUUCCACAGUGUCAGGGAGAGGGUACUGAGAAGACACACCCAGCAGGACAUCUCAACAUACAAGUACAAACUGGACAGCAAGACUGGUGGGGGUGGCAUUGACUGGGAUAGUCUGAGAAGACAGACCUAUCUGUGGAGGAAGCACAACCUUCCACCCAACUGUGACAGAGAGAAGCCAUUUCCCCCAGAGGACAUGACUGUCAGCCAGACAGGCUUUGGUUUCUACCCCAUCCCAAAGGCCAUGCUCCAUCACGACCCAAGGAGCCCUCUGUCCAAAGGUCCAGCUGUGUGGCGCUGCCUGGAAUGUUUGGAUGGGAUGUGGUGUGGCCAUGGUGGUGGUCCACUGGCCUCCAUAUCCAAGUGCCUUAACUCAUUGGUGUCAAACAGUUCCUUCAAGUUCUGUAGCAGAUCCAAACUCAGCUGUCAAAACCCCUUGCACCAACUCCUAGAUGGAGAUUACCUAAGUGAUGUGGAUCCAGGCAACAAGGGCACCAUCGCUCCUCAGAACUCCAUGAUGUACCUUCAGGACACAGCUUCACACUACAGUGACUGUCAAGGAGAGGAUAAGGAAUUUGGCUUAUGCCCAGAGAGAGAUGCUGAAGGAGGUCUAGGAGCCUUAGAGAGGCCAGGUAGGAGCUCUUAGGACAAAGGGCACAGGUCUUCAGGGUCCCAGCCAUCCCCUCCACCCUCUAGCGUCAACUCCGAUACCUAUGGAGAUGGUUAACCUUGAAUAUGAAGAGACUGACACUGAACGAUCCAGGACUAAGAUCCAGGAGUAAAUGUACUCAUCAUGCCUGUGAACAUUCAUAUAUUUCAUCCAGAGCUAUUCUUAUGCUUUAGAUAAAUACAUCUGGUAGCUUGCUUUUUUUUCAUGUCAAGUAUAGCCUAACAUGGUAACGUAACAAUAUACACUAAGUGUACAAAACAUUAAGGACACUUGCUCUUUCCAUGUCAUAGACUGGCCAGGUGAAUCCAGG